AAGGAAUGGGAACGCCGACGGACGUGUAUUUCCGUGGGAACACCGGUGUUAGGGAGAAACGGAUCGAUAGCCAAUUGCUUCCGAACAGACAGAGCGCUGGUUCGAUUCCCGAUUAACGCGCAGCAAACUUCCCCCAGUCGACCCAACUGGCGGGAAUGGCUACCGAUACCACAGAGGGUUGGGGAAGAAGUUUCAGUUGAAAAUGUCAAGAACACCUAUUGCAAGAAACAGUAAAGGAACGGGGAAUCAGGUAAUCCGUUUCAAGUGCACAUUGCAAAAUACUAUUUUAGAUGUCCUAAAAGCUCGUCCUGGAUGGAAAGAAGCAUCAGGUGAUUUAGAUUGGGAUUUCUACUGGUUUGAAGUCAGUUAUUGGAAGGAGCUAUUUGACCAUACCUAUUUAGAAGAGCAUGUCCGUGUUAACCAUUUUAGAAAUCAUUGUGAGCUUACACGGAAGAAUCUGAUGGCAAGAAACUUAAAACGUCUUCGACGAAGCAUCGCACAAAAGUAUGGAAAAACUGAAGCUCAAAAAUGCAACUUCUUUCCAUCAACAUAUGAACUACCUAUCAUCUUGCAGUCUGAAUAUCACAUCUUUGUGGAAACAUAUAAAAAAUGCAACCCCGGGUUCUGGAUUAUGAAACCUGUAGCUAAAUCACAAGGCAAAGGUAUUUUUCUCUUUAAGCGUCUUAAGGACAUCACAGUCUGGAGAAAGGGCACAGAUUCUCAGCGCCUUAGUGAUCAAACAAAGGAGACUCCUGAAACUUAUGUUGUACAACGCUACAUUGAAAAUCCUUAUCUCAUUGGGGGAAGGAAGUUUGAUCUCAGGAUAUAUGUUCUUGUUACCUCUUAUAUCCCUUUAAAAGCAUGGCUUUAUCGCAGUGGAUUUGCUCGAUUUUCCAAUACCAGGUUUUCAAUGAAAUCUAUACAUGACAGCUAUGUUCAUCUGACAAAUGUUGCUAUCCAAAGGACAGCGCCAGACUAUGAUCCAGAAAAAGGAUGCAAAUGGUCAUUACAACAAUUGAGGAAGUACCUCACAGCCAAACAUGGAAUCGAAGCUGUUGAGGAGCUGUUUAGGCAGAUUAAUGAUAUCUUCACCUACAGCCUUCAGAGCUGCCAGAAUAUCAUCAUCCAUGACAAACGUUGCUUUGCCCUUUAUGGAUAUGACAUUCUCAUUGAUGCUAACUUUAAACCAUGGUUGAUCGAGAUCAAUCUUUCACCAUCGUUGAAAGCCACCAAUUAUGCAGAUUAUAAGCUCAAGUUUGGUCUUCUCGAUGAUGUCCUCAACAUUGUAGACAUGGAAAAUAGGUUAACAGGUAAAGAGAAACAUGUAGGCUUGUUUGACCUGUUCUGGGAUGAUGGUCCAGUAUACCUUGAAGAUUCAGAUACCAGUGACUGCAUCAACGGCCCAACCUUGAAUACUUUUCUGGGAUGUGUAGGUGAUAGAAUGACACCUGUUCAAGGCAGCUAAGAAGGCAGCAAGUGGGGAACAAAUGUAGGAUCUUUCUUGUGCACAAGCAAUGGUAAGCGAAGAACCGGAUCAAAAACAAGCACCACUUUAUAAAAAUCCUUUUUUUUAAUACAUUGUACAAUGUCAACAUACAAAGUACCUAAAUACCCAUGACUUUUUAAUUAACAAGUGAAAAACAAAAACCUUGCACACUUACAUUCAGGACCUGGCUUACUUGCAUAAAACUUUCAUUCAAAUUAUCGCAUUUAAAAAGCCUGAAGUAUGAACAAGAAAUUACAUAAGCUGAACCCGACAGCGAGUUAUGUACAUUCACUGCAAAAGACACUUCUGUGCCCAGUGA